AUGCCUAUCCACCAAGGACUUCUCCCACGCGAAGGCUUCUGCGCCGACGUGGUGGUGCGGUUGAUCCGACAAACAGCGUUGAAUCCAGCCCUGGUUCUCCCUCUCGUGCUGCUUGCUCGCCUCACCAAGAAGGGCCAGGACCUCUCGAUCCUUCACCCAAGCGCCGCGCAGAACCUCAAGACACUCUUGUACCUUGGGCUCGCGCGAUGGGCUAGUGGCUGGUUAUCUGAAAAGACGAGAAACAACUGGUCAGACGACAAAUAUGACUGGGAGCACGAGAUUGUGCUCGUGACGGGUGGCGCAGGAGGCAUUGGCGGCCGGGUCGUCAACUUGUUCUCCGAGAUGGGCGUUAAAGUGGUUGUACUUGAUGUUCAACCCAUGUCCUUUACCACUUCGGCCAACGUACACUACUAUCAAUGCGACCUUCGAGCACCCGAAAACGUGGAAGCCGUGGCCGAAAAGAUCAGAGCUGAAGUCGGACACCCGACUGUCGUUAUCAACGUCGCUGGAGUAGCAAGAGGAAAGACUAUCCUGGAAUCACAGCCAAGUGACAUCCGCUUCACUUUCGAUGUUAACGCCUUUGCGCCAUUUUGGACAGCAAAGACAUUUCUGCCUAACAUGGUCGAGAACAACCACGGAAUGAUCGUUACUCUAACCUCUUAUGCGAGCUGGCUGACGAUCCCUAACCUGGUCGACUACGGCGCCUCCAAAGCAGCUGCCCUGGCCUUUCACGAGGGCUUGACUGCUGAGUUGGCUACACGAUACAAUGCGCCGAAAGUCAGAACUGUCAUCGUACACCCAGGACCUACCAACACUGCCCUCUUCAAGGGCUACUAUCAGAAUACUGAUUUCCUGAUGCCGCCUCUGGCACCCGAGACAGUGGCCGAUGCUGUAGUCAAGCAGGUUCUCACUGGGCGCAGCGGUACUGUUAUCAUCCCGGGCACUGGAAGCAUACUCGCUGCUUUACGAAUGCAGCCAGAUUGGUAUGCAAUUCCUGUAAGGGCUAAAGCACAGUCGUACAUGAGGAACUUCAGUGGUCGCCAAGUUAUCGAGGAUGUGGAUGCUUCUUAUGAGAAAGAUGGCGGCGAGAAGGACGCUGCUGAUAAUGCAGGCGAGGGCACGGUUUUGGUCUCUGAUAGUUGA